GCAGGGGGCGGUAAUGCACCGGAAGCUGGAUGCCCAGUCGUGCUUACGCUUGAAGAAAAGAAGAAGAGGUGCAUGUUUUAAAAGUGGAACUUUUUCUCUCAGACUUGUUUUUGUUUAUUCUUCGCUUCUGUGGUUUUUUUCCACGUGUUCACAUCGACACCUCGCAGCGGUGACUGUGGUGAGAACGAACAACUGGAGGACGGGACCUGCUGCUGUUUCCAAUCCCCGGAGUUCAAACUCCUCUCGGCGGGACCGGCACCGAGCAGGACUCCGUCGAACUCCUCCGACAUGGAGUUCGAUGACAGCGUGUUGACGCGGCGUGUGGACGGUGGUAAAGCGGGAACAGAAGAGGCACGAGGCGGGCCACACAUGACCCUCCACUGCACACAGUGUAACUCCGUCAUGGCGGACUCCCUCAGCAUCUGUGGGGAGAUCACAUGUAUGAAGCUGAUCAUGUGUCUGAGAGUAACCACUGAUGUUGUCAUCAGUUCUGCAAAGGAGUCAGGACAUAAAGGAGAAAUGGCAAAUUGCAUCUUCAGUUCUCUAAAGUGUCGUGGCUGCCGCUCUUCUGUGGGCAAAGUUAUUCACUCGGCUCCGUCGCGUUGGGCCUCGUUUCGCUCCCUCUUUCUCCUCCACAAAUCAAACAUCACUUGUUAUGUCCUCGACAGCAGGUCGAUGGUGAAAGCUUCCACAAUCACAUUAGAUCUGAAGCCUCUCAGAGAAAACAUUGAUGAGGUGAGAAAGCAGUUUGAGGCGCAGCUGGAUCAGAUGUUGUGUGUAAAGAGCAGACUGGCUGACCGGAGUGUUACCAGCGACUUGGGGAAGUAGUCUCGACUGCACCUCGUCUGGGGAAAAGGCUCCACGUGCUCUUCAGUCUGCUGCCUCUUGUAGGCUGGUGUGCGUUGUAUAUAUUUAUUGUUUUCUUUGUUGUGGUGUUUUCAUGUUUUCAUUAAAUGGCUUUUGAUAAUUCAGGUA